GAGAAGAGAUUUUGUGUAUUGUGUGCUUGAGUUCAUUUCCCUGAACUCUGAAGGUUGGCGAGUCUGUGAAGUUUUUCCAUUCACAAAGAGAAAAGGUGUAACAGUCAACCAUUACCAUUACCAUGGAUGAAGCUGAAUUUCAGCGCCUUCUUCAACUAUUCCCUGUUGUUCGCUCUCGUCAUUACUCUGAAGAACAAUCAUCAUCCAGACAAUUAGCAUCUGGAUCUGGAUCUCAGUCUGCGCAGGAAGAGCUAAAUGAAUGGCAUGAUGCAUGGAAUGAAAAUGAUAAGGGUUUUGUGAAUCAAGGAAUCAACAAACAUGAUUCAUUUUGGAGCAAGCUAAAGUCAGAGGCUGCUAAAAAGGUUGGUAAAGAAGAAGCGGAGAGAUUUUGCAAGGCGUUCCAACAAGUUCAUAAGAGACUAGUCAACGGAGAGUUGAGUUUAGACGCUGCUCGAAAUUUUGUAAACUCGUCCUAAUGUUGCAAAGAAUUACAUGCAUUCCUUUGACACAUUUCCUCGUAAUUCGAAAUUCAGCCAUUGUAAUUCAUUUGCACUGUAUCAAAGUAGUUGUCAAUUUAAUUCUGUGACAUUUUGAGUAGUAAAGAUGGUGUGGGAAUCCUAGACCAGCAAUCGUAUUAGAAUGGUAGAAUGUAUCAUGCAAAUGUGGGAGUUUCUUUCUUCUUACUCAGAACUAUAUUUAAAUAUGUUUAAAUCUGUAUCCACAAAAAUAUUCAAAGAAGGAAAUAGAAUACAUUGUUAACUGUUUGACAGAAGA